CGUAACUUUUGAAGCUGUAUAUAAGUACAUAACCAGAUUAUCUCAUUACGGCCUGCAUGAAUCUUUAAAAAAGUAUUUGCCCGAAAAUUUUAACAUUACAAAAAUGUUCAACUUGUUUAAUGAAAAAUAUCCGACUACUUAAGUUUCUUACGUUACAUAAGGGCAUAUUUUUAACACAAAGUUUAAUUUGUCCUCUGGAUAUCCAAGAUCGGAUACAUGUUCAGCAUGUGACGAAUUCAAGGCAAUAUUAAAAUCCUUAAAUUCUGAAAGAGAUGCUGAAGAAAUUUGUAAAUUAACAAUACAAAAUGCAAUUGCUCUGGACUAUCAAAUAAAAUUUUUCAUUGCCAAACGUCAAAAUGAAUGACUAUGUACUAUCUGCGGCAGUUCUGUAUGUGCAUUUUAAAUAUUCGUGCAUUACCUACAGGCCAAUCCAUUUUUAAUACAUAUCCACAAACAGUUGCAAAGAAGGGAUCAAUUGAAGCGUUCCUAUUCCAUUGUCACCAAUUUUAUGGAUAACAAUGCAAACUAUUGACACAUAUUUUGGGACUCCGCAGGCGGUGAAAAGAAAAACUAUUCCAUAUUUCGCUUUACUCAUCAUGUUGUACAUAAAACUAAACUUUUGGAAUCAGUCAAAAUAAUCCGAUCCCCUGAAGGAGGGCAUUCCUAUAUGGAAUAUGAUAAAAAUAUGGGGCUCGUAAAUUUAAAAAAGCACAUGAAAAUCCCGAAUGACUGGUUCGAACAUUUGAGAACAUCUAGGAUAAAGUCAUCACCGUUCGAAAUAGUUGAAGUGAAACAAGUUAUGGUUAAAAAAUGGGACGUAUUUUUACGUGAUAAAUAUGUUAAAAAAAUCCCCUUUCCCAUACAGAAGAUUAAACAAAUAGAAUCCACCCGGGAGCAUCCCAGGCUAAUUAGUUUUCUAACAAGUUUUCAUGGUACCUGGACAUAAAACCCUAUUACUGCAGUAAAAUAUACCCGCCUAUACCGGUAAGAGAAUGGGCCGUGGUGGGCUGGAGGGUUGCCCUGGGAAUGGGGCAGGCAAGGCCCUCCCUCCGACCAGGGAGCUGCUUGGACUACUUAGAAGGGAGUGUAGGGUACUAACCGGGGCCUACACAGGACAUUGCAGGCUUAGGAGGCAUUGGUGACGACCCGGAGUGCAUGUGGAUUGGGAGGAGACCCCGUAUCAUCUGCUCACCGAGUGCCCUGCUUUGACAUGGCAAAAUUUGGAGUCUUCGGAACGGCCCUGAUCGAUCCGGACUCAGUGCAGGGUAUUGGGCUAAAGGAGUUGCUGACCUUCUACAGGAGGAGCAGCAUUCUGGACACAAUCUACCGCGGUCUGGGGGCACAACAGGCCCAUCUGGUGGCCUAAGUGCUUGAACGCCAGCGGGGGGCGCCCGUCUUAAAUACCAAUACCAAACACCAAUACUGAUCUAUUACUGAUUCCUGCUGCAAAAUACAAAAAUCUGAUGACACUGAUGAGGUUUUGUAAACGUGAUGCUCAGGCCUUUUGCAAUACCCUACCUUACAAUUAGGGUUUACUUUACCUACUUUGCUCGAAGUGCAACCAGAGCUCCACAUUGUGACGUUGCAACAUUCAAUGUUUUUUUCGUGUAGUUAAGAUUUUUUUUUAUUUUUUUUAUCUGUUCUCUAAAAAUUUGAAUUUGUGUUCAUAUAUUUAUUAGAUUAUACUUUUUCUUUAACAAAUAUAAAUUUAUAUCAUUUCCUUAAUACCUUGGUUUAAAGAUGCCAAAUGCUAAAUUUUUAAUUAUCUCAAACGACAGUCAAUGUGACAUUCCUUGUUUUUUCCCAUAACGCUUCAUAUACCUGUAGCUAUUUGCUAUUUGAGAUAAUUAAGUUAUAUAUGGGUUGGCUUCGCUGUCCCUACUGGGAGCCCUAUUCGGAGCGCCACUGGGCGGCGUGGCGAUGCGAUGGGGACGACGGCGGACCCUCCUAGCCGCUGGACUGCCAUUAUCGCUCUGUUGGAUAGUCACGGUUUUCGCUGUAAGCGUAGAAGUAAUGUGUUUCUCCGCGUUUGCCAGCGGUUUCCUCGUAGCCAUCGUCCAACUGUCCGCACAAGUAUACGUAAGUGAGAUCGCCGCUCCAUGUAUCCGCGGAAGUCUAAGUGCCCUUCUAAAAAUUUCCGGUCACGUCGGCGUACUGGUCGCGUUCACAGCCGGAGCUUUUUUAAACUGGAGACAACUAGCCGGACUGAUAUCUUUCGCUCCAGCAGCCAUGUGCUUAGCUAUGUGGAACGUACCGGAAAGUCCAGGGUGGUUGGUGUUGAGGGGAAAACAUAUCGAAGCAGAGGAAGCUUUAAGAUGGUUACGUGGCAACACCGCGGACUUGGAAUUGACCAUGUUGCAAGCCCACGUGUUGGCAAACAAGCACAAAUCCGAUCCCAAACUUUUGCUGCGAUCGCUGCGCACGCCGGCCGUGAUAACCUGCGGCUUGAUGUUCUUCCAGCGUUUUUCGGGCGCCAACGCGUUCAAUUUUUACGUGGUGAACGUGUUCAAGGAAACGUUCGGUGGUACCAACCCCCACGCGGCAGCCGUAGCGGUUGCAGUCGUUCAGCUUUUGUCUUCACUUCUCUCGUGUCUCCUCGUAGAUUCUGCCGGUAGACUGCCGUUGCUUGUAGCGUCGAGUGUCUUAAUGUCUCUAGCCUUGGCGUGUUUUGGUUCGUUCGCUUACUACGAAGAAGCGAGUCCGGAUCCGGUUCCGAAUUUGGAUUGGAUACCGCUUCUAUGCGCACUAGUGUUUACCGUAGCGUUUUCAUUGGGCAUAAGUCCAAUUUCGUGCUUACUCGUUAGCGAAUUAUUUUCACUAGAACACAGAGGUCUAGGUACAGCCUUAGCGACUGGUUUCAGCUAUCUAUGUGCCUUCGUCGGUGUAAAAACAUUCGUCGAUUUCGAAGAACUCUUCGGCCUGUACGGCGCGUUUUGGCUAUACGCUUUCAUAUCCGUAUGUGGUCUGUGUUUUAUCGUUUGCUGCGUACCAGAGACCAAAGGUCGAAAUCUGACGGAAAUUGACACUGGAAGAUGACAGCAGGCGGCC